CUAGUGAUAUCAGAAUCGAUGAUGACGUCGAGCAACACGGAGCCUCGAGUAUCUCGGUAAAUUGGCUAUGAAGAGACGGCUGUACCUUGGCCUAAACGUGAGAUGUUAUCGAACCAGCGACUAACAUCAUCUAUGAUGGUGAACGAUUGACAGAGUACUUUUCACUCCAAAUUCAUAAUAUAUUAAUAUCAAGCUGUUUUACCAUGGUAACUUGGCUGGCCGUGGCAACUGUUGUGCGGGUAAUUGUGUGGACGGUGGUCAGUAGUACAGAUGCCAGCUGUCCAGCUGAUUGUGACUGUCUAGUUUACCAUUCUUUAUUUGUCAAUGCCAACGUUUACACAGUGAACUGUUCUUCACGAGGACUUCUUGGCUCACCUGAAGCAGUUCCUCUUAAUACCCAGUCUUUGCUUAUGUCUGGAAAUCGGUUCGUGGAUCUCCUCAACAAGAUCCCUUUUCUCCCGCGUCUCUUAGAGCUGGAUCUUUCUAACAAUCUCAUCAAACAGCUAGGGCGUGGCUCUAUCUUUCAAAAUGUCACAGAAUUGCGUUUUCUUGAUUUGUCCUUCAAUAAGUUUCGGACCUUGUUUAAUAAGGUCUUUCGCGGCAUACACAAACUGGAGACUUUGUUCAUCACGAAUGGCCAUCUCAAGUUCAUUGACGAACAUGUUUUUGAUGACAUGAACAAGCUUAAACGCCUGAAUUUGAAGGGAAAUGCGAUUCAUUCAAUGCCAGCGGAGUGGUUUUACGAUAUGAUAAAUUUAGAAGUGUUAGAGCUUGAUCACAAUGAGAUUUUCUAUCUGAACAGUGGAACAUUCGCAGCAGUAAACAAUCUUCGCUAUCUCAGUUUGUCUCAUAACAGAAUCCGGGGAAUUAACGAAAACGCUUUCGCGGGACUUCGGAAUCUGAGAAGUUUACUGCUAGACCACAAUCAUAUAGGCGAAGUACCGUCUGUUGCUCUUCAACCCAUGAAACAACUAAAGAUUAUUCACCUUGAUACCAAUCCCAUUGGCCAGCUCAGCACGGGUGAUUUUGUCCAAGUCCCUGUAGAAGAGAUUUCUCUGUCGAACACAAGUACACUUCAUCUAAUAGACCACGGAGCAUUUUGGAACUUGCACAACCUGGAAAAAGUUUAUCUUUAUAAUAACCCACUUCUAGAGUAUAUAGAUCCACACGCUUUCAUCAAUGUCCCUAAAUUGAAAGUUCUAAAACUACACAGGAACAAUCUCUCAGCUUUAAGUUUUGAGAUUGUCAGUCGACGUCCAGCCGUCCAGCUCACUUUACACAGCAACCCACUUCUCUGUGAUUGUAACAUUCGUUGGAUUCGAAAAACUCUCGCACGUGGAAACGAUUCAUCUAUUUUAUUUCUGGACUCAGACAAACUACGAUGCUCCCAGCCACAGAAUCUUCGCCCUUUCUCCAUCGAAACACUAGAUCUCACUAAUAUUCCUCCGCAAUGUGAACCAUUCGUGAUUGGACCUCUCAAUGAAACGGUGGACGCAAAGAUUGGAGAAUCACAUACCUUUGACUGUCGUGCUUUCGGAAUUCCUUCGCCAAAGAUGUACUGGAUUUUACCCUCUGGAGCUGUGAUCAAUGCAUCACGUGAUAACUUUCAGGCUCAGAAAAAACAUCCUGGAACUUUAACGCUCUACCACCUAAAACCCAAAAAUUCUGGAGUUUACCAGUGUAUCGCCGAAAACAACGUAGGUGUUGCUCUUAAGAGUAUCACACUCCAAAUCGAGAACAUAGAUAUUGGUUUGUUUCCUCAGAGGGUGUCUUCUACAUUUGUAACAGUUGUAUGGAAUGGAACAGCACGGAACAACUUUCCAGAGUACGACAUACUUUACAAGAUUGACAACCAAGGAGGAGAAGAAUACAAAACUGUAACGGUAAGUUACGUAUACCGUUCUUACACCAUUAACAAUCUCGAACCAGAUACCAGUUACAAAUUCUGCAUUGCUGUCAAGGAUGAAGAAGAGGGGGACUAUCUUCAAUUAUCCUGUACCCACGUGCAGACAAGAGACGCAAGCUUUAUUAUGCAAGGUAUCUACACUACAAGUAACGUAGCGGUUGCAGUGGUGCUAGGAAUUAUAGCAGGAAUGCUUCUUACCGUCUGUCUGGUUUCCGUGGCAGCCAGGAAGUACAGGCAAAGACAUUAUGAAACGCCAGAGAAAUCACUCAUCAGCAACAUGGCCCACGCCCCACCAGAGAACCUCAAUAGUCCUUUAAUGUCACGAGUUGGUUCCUGAAUAUACGUGGAAUACAAUCUUUAAUGGUGUUUUGUGGUUUCUAGAAACGGUAGUUCAUGACAUAAACGUACCAAUCUUGUUUUGGUAGCUGACUAAAGUCUUUUUGGUGAUUUGCCAGGAUAGAUGAGAUCCUGAAAAAAGAUCCGACCCUACUGUGUCAUGAUCAGCGUGUUUCUAAAUAAUGACGAAACAGUAUAAUAUGAAAUGUCAUCCCUGGUUAAUACUAUUUCUCUUAACUUUAUUUUUAAGGAUUGACUUCGAAAAUUGGACAACUUUUCUCCUUAAGACAAUGGAGUUGGUUAUAAAGAGUUUUUACCCAGUUGAUAUUUUAAAAGUUAUAAGUUACUAUAGCUUUCAUCCCCAUCUUGCACAAACUGGUGUAAGAAAUCACUGCACAAAAAGUAGUUGGAAAGUCUUAUUGUGAUUGGUCUUAUAUCAUCUCUCUUGUAAUACAUGAACAAUGAAUUAUAGAAGAAGAGAAAAUAAUGACUUCCCUGUACCAUUUUAUUUUGGCGUGUAAAUAGCGAGGUUGUUGUUUCCAAACGUACAAAACAAGCAGUUCUGGAGAAAUAUUAUUGUUUCUAAGGGAGAAUUUUAUAUAAAGACAGUAUUUUCAUUGUGAAGAGCAAGAUAUUUAAUAGGAGGAAAGCAAUAAAUGUAAGAUAUUAAUAUUAAAAAUGUUUAUUCUAUUAAAAAUAAAUAAAUAAUUAAAAAACACCUUGAUUAUUUUUCUCUAAGGGACAGUUGUGAUGUCCAGAUUGAUCCAUAAAAAAGUGGAGAAGUCGUGUGACGUAAUGGGGUGUAUGUUGUCUGUUAGCCACUGUAAGCUGUUAAAACUUAUAAAAUGAAAGCAAUAUUAAAAUUUAGUUUUGUUUAAUUUGACUUGUUGAUUAUAAGUAUUUUUUACAUGUUACGGCUUUUACAGUAAGGAAGAAAAAUAAAUUUUAUACAGGUACAGGCUUAAAUACAGAAACCUUCUUUACUGUUAAAACUUGUGUAUUUGAAAAUGAUCGCACCAACGAUCGAAACAUCGUACCUGCUUAAAAAAUAAUUUUCCUUACUGUAAAAUUGUAACUUGUAAAAAACAACAACAAAACUUUAAUUGGGGGUGUUUGAUUUCGAGACUUAUCAAAAUCUGUUCUGUUCUUAAUAAGUAACACGCUGUAGAAUCAUAUGGAUUCUUUGUGGUAAUAUUCAUGCUCUGUUCACCUUUUGAAGUUCAUAAUGAAGGGAGAUAAACUUGUAUUUUUUUAAUAUAUAUUGGAACCAAUGCUAUUGUCAAACAAAAUUAAAUAUUAUUAUUUAAUUAUUAGUAUUUAAUUACGCUUAGUGAUAGCCGAUUUAAAAAGUAAUGCCAGCGUUGAAAACAAAAGCAAGUUGGUCGGUACUAUUAAUCAAAUAUACGUGACCUUAACCAUGAGAUGAAGUACGUUUCGAUACAAAAAAAAAAACAUUCAUUAAAAACUAACGUAACUUAUGAACAUUAUGGACCUUUAUUAUUCUUAACUUUGUUUAACGCAACCUGGAGUUUAUUAUAAGACAUUUUCUAUAAACUUAAAUAAAAUCACAACCUAUAUGUCCAGAAUGUAACUUUAUUAGCUCAAUAUUUCGGUAGUCCAGCUUCGUAAUACUAUUAUGGACCUUUAUAGCUCAGGGCUAGUGUUCAGUGCAUGAACAAUAUGAAUCUUUAUAGCUCAGGGCUAGUGUUCAGUGCAUGAACAAUAUGAAUCUUUAUAGUUCAGUGUUAGUGGUCAAUGCAUAAACAAUAUGAAUCUUUAUAGCUCAGUGCUAGUGUUCAGUGCAUGAACAAUAUGAAUCUUUAUAGCUCAGGGCUAGUGUUCAGUGCAUGAACAAUAUGAAUCUUUAUAGCUCAGUGCUAGUGUUCAGUGCAUGAACAAUAUGAAUCUUUAUAGUUCAAUGCUAGUGGUCAAUGCAUG